AUGUCGGUCAGCCCUACGCAGCCUGAGCUGGACACAGAAUCAGAGAAAUGUGCAACAGCCCCUAUUGUCUUUGAACAGAAAAGCUUUCCAUCCUUUCGCUCAAGAUUCUCAUUUUCACUUCCUCAUCGUUCAAAGAAACCAGCUCCAGACGACUUACAACAAAAAUCGACAACAUCCCCAUCGACCACGCCACGUCAUUCAUUCUUCAAAAAAGAUGAAAAGACUGAAAAGCUCGAGAAAGUUGAAACCAAAAAGCCUGAGAAGACUCGGAUGUCAUUUUCAGGAACAAAGGGGGAUCCCAAAGUCGAUUCGAAAAGUGAGCAAUACCGUAAAAGUCCGCGAAGUAUGCGAUUUUCAGUCAGUGUGACUUCAUUGGCAAAAUCCCAACUUGUCGUGGAGAUGUCACUUGUCUCGGAGGCGCAAGACGUUUUUGGCUCGGGGAAGAGCGAGUCCGACAAAAUACGGACGUCCGACGAUAUAAUGAAAUUAGUGACUGCCGACGCGUCGACGCCAUUGUUUUACAGUCAAAUACCUUCAAUUCAAAAAGCUAAUAAAAGACUGUUAACCGAAAAGAAAAUGUGCCAAGUUAUUGUGGAGAACCACACGAAGAAAAUGAUCGACUGUUGGUCUUCCUUUGUUCUUCCAGAGGAAGAGUGGUCUCUCGAGUCCAAAAAGUCGUACAACGCAGACAUCACAAAGUACAGUGAAAUGAAAAUGGAAUAUUCGGAGAAGUCCGUGACUAAAAAGACUGAUCUUGCUUUGUACGAGUUGGUUGACAUCGACAAGAGCUUCGUCUUUUUUAAGGACUUUUUCUAUUCAAAAGACACGGGAACACUCAUCUGUUUUCAAGUUGUAUUAGGGUUACAACUCUUAUUAAUAUUUAGUAAAUUGGGAGUACACCGCGCGCUCCUUACACAAGACAUGAAGUGUGUGGAGUGGUGGAAUUCUCUAGUAAAGAGCCCCGAGAAGUUCCAAAAGGUCAAAGUGAAGACUAAACUCCAAGACGAGUUGAUUUUGUUUGAAGAGAAUUUGGCCACGUCGCAAUAUAAAUUUGGAGUGUUAUACGCAAAACAAAAACAGACAACGGAGAGCGAGUUUUAUACCAAUGAAGAGACUUCCCCGGCCUUCCACAAAUUCUUGAAAUUACUUGGGAAGAGUGAAAGUCUUCAUGAAUGGAAAAAGUAUAGUGGAGGACUUGACACUAAGAACAAGAAGACGGGGAACAAGUUUGUUUAUACUCUCUUCCGUAACAACGAAAUUGCAUUCCACGUUGCGCCGUAUAUCCCAGACGAUUUAACAGACCAAAAAUUGGAAAGAAAACGAUUUGUCGGUAACGACGUUGUUGUUUUGGUUUUCAAAGAAAAGGAAAACAGCGAAGACUUGAUCGACCCUGAUUUUGGGUCGCGAUUUAAUAACGUCAUCAUCGUCGUCUCACCAGAGAAAACAUCUUCGAGUAACGAGAAAUAUCGGGUGUCUGUCGUGUGUCGAGGAGAAGUUAAACCCUUCCCUCCGUUUGUGCAGGAUAGAUGGUACCCACAUGGGUCUGCUUUCUCAGUCCUUUUGUUACAAAAACGUUUGUUAUUUCAUAUAAUAUAUAAGUGUUAUAUUGACGUAAUAGUAAUUAAUGCAGAAAGAAUGUGUAUGAAAACAGGAACACUGCUAGAUAGUAGUCUACGUUCGAAUGAUAUGUUAUUAAAGAUGAUCAUCGAAAAAAUCCAAGAGUGA